AGUGCGCUGUAUCAUUGUAAAACUAGUGCAAUAUAGUGAAAGGGUAGAAAUAUCGGUGCCGUGCACGAUAUUAGCGUGAAUGGUAGUUUGUGCGUUUGCGUUCCUUUCUACGUUGCAGAGACCACCCUUCGCACAAUUCAAGUUCUAUUGGUGUUGCUUUGACACUAUUUUCCCAACGCACAUACACACACACACGUAGCACACACAGGUACAGGCAGGGAAAAGUGGACUGCAUUAGAGAAAUACGGGAAAAGUUGUGUAAAAAGUAUAAACAUUUCACAAAACACUCUUCUAAAGAGCAAUAGUAGUAAUCGUGUAGCAAGGUGCAAGUGAGGCCACAUAACAGCAACAUACGCAGGAAAGGAAACCCAUUCCCUGCGUUGCUGCUGCCCUUCUUCGCUCGAUCUUCAUUGAGUGUAUCGAAAGGUGGCAAAAGAGUCUGCAGCCUCCGGAUCCGGAUUGCGUCCACAAAUUCCGAUGCACACUGGACACAACGAUGGCCUGUGGUAGUACUUCCUCGACAACCAGCAUGGAAUUGGUUCCGGCGGGUCCAAUGAAUGUUGCAGCCGCAGCACGACCUUCACGCUUUACGAUGGAAGGUGUCGGAUCACGGGUCAUCCGUGGACCGGACUGGAAAUGGGGCAAACAGGACGGUGGCGAGGGACAUGUCGGUACGGUGCGAAACUUUGAGUCCCAGGAGGAGGUGGUCGUCGUUUGGGAUAAUGGAACCGCGGCCAACUAUCGGUGUGCCGGUGCGUACGAUCUGCGCAUCCUGGACAGUGCACCGACGGGCAUUAAGCACGAGGGUACGAUGUGUGACACGUGCCGGCAGCAACCCAUAUUCGGCAUCCGUUGGAAGUGUGCCGAAUGUAACAACUACGAUCUGUGCUCGAUCUGCUAUCACAGCGACAAGCACCAUUUGCGGCACCGGUUCCACCGUAUCACCACCCCGGGUGGUGAGAAAACGUUGCUGGAACCGCGUCGAAAGUCGAAGAAGAUUGCCGUCCGGGGAAUAUUUCCGAGCUCGCGCGUUGUGCGCGGCGUAGACUGGCAGUGGGAGGACCAGGACGGGGGCAACGGAAGGCGCGGCAAGGUGAACGAAAUUCAGGACUGGUCGUCGGCAUCACCCCGGUCGGCCGCGUACGUUGUGUGGGACAAUGGGGCGAAAAAUUUGUACCGCGUCGGGUUCGAGGGCAUGGCCGAUCUGAAGGUAAUGAACGAUGCAAAGGGUAUGACCGUGUACCGGGAUCAUCUGCCGCUGUUGGGCGAGUACGGGCCAGGCCGGGCACCGAACAACUUCCAGAUCGGCGAUCAGGUGACGGUGGAUCUUGACAUUGAGAUCGUACAAUCGCUACAGCACGGACACGGCGGAUGGACGGAUGGGAUGUUCGAAUGUCUCAGCACCACCGGUACGGUGGUGGGCAUUGACGAGGACCACGACAUAGUGGUCGCCUAUCCUAGCUCCCACCGUUGGACGUUUAAUCCGACCGUGCUGACGAUCGUGUCCUCGCCGAUGAUGAUGCUCACCGACAAUCAGCCGCAACAGUUCGCGGUUGGUGAUUUCGUUAAGAUAUGUAGCGAUCUAGAACGUAUCAAAAUACUGCAGCGCGGUCAUGGCGAAUGGGCGGAGGCGAUGGUGCCGACACUUGGAAAAGUAGGCCGCGUUCAACAGGUGUAUCAUGACAACGAUCUGAAGGUGGAAGUUUGUAACACAUCCUGGACUUAUAAUCCCCUUGCCGUGACGAAAGUUGCUUCCUCCUCCGAUGGUGCCACUGCCGUAACAACGAACGGCGAACGGCUGUCGGCGAUAUUGAAGAAACUUUUCGAACCUCACACCUCGGGCGAUACCACCGAAGAGCUGGUAAAAGCCGCCGCCAACGGGGACAAAGCGAAGGUGGAAAAGUUUCUCACCGGUGCGACUGCCGAGCAGAAUGUGACACCAUCGUCCUCCAGCAUGGGCGAAACACAGCCGGUCGUGAAGGUCGAUGUGAACGGUGUGUUUGCGGGACACACGGCCCUGCAAGCAGCAAGCCAGAACGGACACCUCGAGGUGAUCGAGAUACUGCUCCGACACAGCGCCGACGUGGAGAUUGAAGAUAAGGAUGGCGAUAGAGCCGUCCAUCAUGCAGCGUUCGGCGAUGAACCGGGCGUUAUGGGAAUGCUAGCGAAGGCUGGUGCUGAUUUGAACGCACGCAACAAACGCCGUCAAACGGCGCUUCACAUUGCCGUGAACAAGGGGCACUUUAACGUGGUAAAGACGCUGCUGGAGCUAAACUGUCAUCCGAGUUUGCAGGAUUCGGAGGGCGAUACGCCACUGCACGAUGCGAUCUCGAAGGAGCACGACAAUAUGCUGGCGCUGUUGCUUGAUAACGGUGCGGACAUCACGCUGACCAAUAAUAAUGGGUUCAAUGCAUUGCACCAUGCGGCGCUGAAGGGAAACCCUAGCGCGAUGAAGGUUUUGCUUACAAAAACGAACCGCCUGUGGAUCGUGGAGGAGAAAAAGGAUGACGGAUACACGGCACUGCAUCUGGCUGCGUUGAACAAUCACGUGGAGAUCGCGGAACUGCUCGUCCGCAUGGGCAAAGCAAACAUGGACUGCCAGAAUGUGAACCUGCAGACGGCGCUGCAUCUAGCGGUCGAGCGGCAGCACGUGCAGAUCGUGAAGCUGCUUGUGCGGGAAGGCGCCAAUCUUAACAUUCUGGACAAGGAUGGCGACACACCGUUGCAUGAGGCGCUGCGCCAUCACACACUGUCGCAAUUGCGCCAGCUGCAAGAUGUUGAAGGAUUUGGAAAAAUACUUAUGGGGCUGAGGAAUAAUACGGACAAAAAAGCGUCGGCAUCGAUCGCCUGCUUUCUAGCAGCAAACGGAGCUGAUUUGACGGUGAAGAAUCGCAAGCUGCAAACACCGUUGGACUUGUGUCCCGAUCCGAACCUAUGCAAAACAUUGAUCAAGUGUUACAACGAGCGGAAAACGGACGAUAUGGACAUGAUCGCGGCAAGCGGAGUUGGUGUUGGAACUAGCAUGCAGCCGAAUGUGAUGAGAGCUGGUCUCCGAACGAACGCCGGCGAACCGACCGCUUCGACGUCAGGCUCGUCUUGCAAUCCCGGCACAAGUGGUCUCAGCACCGGUGGAUUGAAUCAUGCACAGAUCGAUGCUACCCUGCUGAUGGGUUUGAGCAAAAUGUCAAUCCAACCGAGCGCGGCCGGCGAGGCGAAUACGAACAUGAGCGUUAAUCACAGCGCUAGCGCAGGUGGUGGUGCUGUCGGUGGCAGCAGCGGACCGCUGGACGAAUGUCUGCUCUGUUCCGACCAGAAACGUGACACGGUGUUUAAACCGUGCGGGCACGUCGUGUGCUGCGAAAACUGUGGACCACGGAUCAAGAAGUGUUUGAUCUGUCGCGAGUCGGUGCUAUCGCGCGAAAAGAUCGACGAGUGUCUCGUUUGCUCCGACCGGAAGGCGUCGGUGUUCUUUAAACCUUGCGGGCAUAUGGUUGCGUGUGAGCAUUGUGCGCCGAUUAUGAAGAAAUGCGUCCAGUGUCGUACGCAGCUCGAACAGAUGGUACCGCUGUCGGUGUGCAGUGGCGGGCAGGGCAGUGUCAUCAAUAUUCAGCAUCACGUGGACGACAGCAAGAAGGAUCUGCUGCACAAUCAUAACGCAUCGCAACAGCAGCAGUUGUUGCAGGGUACGAACAAGGCAGGCCUUGGCGUUGCCAUGAACAACACAAUGUCACCGAACGCCAGCUCAAUGGCGGGCGUGGCAGCUGGUGUCCUGAGUAGUAAUGGACUGCUGGCGGGUGGAGGAGGAGGUGGUUCUUCCAGCAGCAACAACACAACGCCACUGACCACCACCAACAAUACCUCGGUUGCGUCCGGUGUUGCACCGAACAAUCUCAAUCUGGUGGACGAUUUUCAGAAGCUGCAACAGCAACUGCAGGACAUUAAGGAACAGACAAUGUGCCCGGUUUGUUUCGAUCGCAUCAAAAAUAUGGUUUUCCUGUGCGGCCAUGGUACGUGUCAGAUGUGUGGCGAUCAGAUCGACGGCUGUCCAAUCUGUAGGAAGACGGUGGAGAAACGUAUUCUUCUAUUCUAAGCCGGAAUGUUGCGGGAUAGAUUCCAUUCCACGUAGAAUUUAAUUAACGGCAGUACUCAUAAGUUUUAAGUUUACUGUUACUGUUGAAGAGUUAGGGUUAGCUAGCUAUAUGCACAUCAGUUUACAUUCAUUCUUAUGUUUUAGUCUUCCUCUGCACAAAAAAGCCCCUGGCACAUAUUGCAGGUUUGGUGUGCACAAACAAGGAUAUUUACUUGUGCUUGUGAGGCACUGCGACACGAAAAGCUUUAGUGUGUUAUAUAGGCUGCAUUUUUAC